AGCCCCAGGCACAACCCCAGGCCUCUCUGGCGCCCUUCUCCAAGUUCGAGGAGAAGAAGACCAAUGAGAAGACACGCAAGGUGACCACUGUGAAGAAGUUCUUUAGUCCCUCGUCACGGACAGCCCCCAAGAAAGGUACUGACUGCCUGAUUGACUCUAUAAAACGGAAGACAGUUCUGCUUUCCCUUUGAUACGUUAAAGCCUGAGUUAUCUCAAUGGCAUUUCUCCAGUGCAGUUUCUGACACACACACACUCUUUCCAUCCCAGCGUAUCAGCCUAGUACUUGUCUCAUCAGCUCACUUCUUUGGAAGUGAUCCCCGGAGGCUCUAAAGCAGGGCAUGUUAGUGAUUUGAAGGUCUUCUGUGCCCACCAAGCCCAUUACAGCCUAUUAUAGCCUGGGUUAUUUAGUGAUGCCCUCUAUUAGCCUCACUGUUAGGCAAACUCCCAUAGCUCCUAUCUGUACAAUGGGCCCAGGGGUAUCGAGAACAAGGUGCAAACUUCAAAGUUCCUUUAUUUUUGCAGACUUAAAUAUUUUUUUCUUCAUUCAGAGGUGCCCUAUCCCUCUGCCUUGAUUGUCAUUGACGCCUCACUCGUCGAAGUUGUGACUUUGUCUCAUCACAUUUCACUUUUGCUUUGCAGUAAUAGCUGCUGUGCACCAUUCUCUCUAGUUAGGUUAUGUUUAACUGUUUUCCAUAUCCUUUCCAAUCCCUUCUAUCUCAUUGAUACCCUCUCAUCAUAACACAAUGGUCCCAAACCAAACAAUCCCUCUCCUUCUCCAUCUUGUCUGAUCCCCUCAUUCCGCACUUCUGUCAUCGCCAGUGUUUGUUGAUUCAUGAAUUUAUUGUCGUCCAUUAUUCUCCAUACCCAUUCCACCUUCACCCACCUCUCUCAAAUCCCAUGUACCCAUUCUCUCUUGUAUGCCAUUCUGGUACCCUAUAUCCCUGUUUCCCGUGCCCUGUGGCCCCACUUGGCCCUACCAUCUCAUUCUCAGCCCCCACUGUGGGAGAGGAGAAGCUGACAGGCCUCAGGGACUGGAGAGGAAUGUUUACUCCCCCUUGGGAAAUGGGCUCUCCCACCGAAGAGAACCAGGAGGGCAAGACUCCCAGCCCCUCCAUCAGCCGCCAAUCAAGCAUUGAGACGGACCGUGUUUCCAGAGACUUUGUGGACUUCCUGAAGACCCUGCAUAAGCCUGGCCGUGAGGUCCACAAGCAGAGCCGAGCCUUCAUCGAGAUCAUGGCCAACAAAAAGGACUUGAGUGCUGACGAGCUGUCAGAGUGUGUCCAAGACUUCUACCAGAAUUUGUCCGAUCGCCUCAUGACUCAUUUUAAAGGCUCUUCAGAGCGUGUGGAGCGAGUGAUGGACGAGGUGGAGAAGUACAUUAUGACACGCCUGUAUAAGAGUGUCUUCUGCCCCGAGACCACAGACGAUGAGGAGAAAGACCUGGCCACUCAGAACCGGAUACGGGCGUUACACUGGGUGGACAUUCAGAUGCUUUGUGUGCCAGUGGAUGAGGAGAUCCCAGAGGUUUCAGACAACGUGGUCAAAGCCAUAACAGAUGUCAUCGAGAUGGACUCCAAGCGGGUACCCCGGGACAAGCUAGCGUGCAUCACGCGCUGCAGCAAGCACAUCUUCAGCGCCAUCAAGAUCACGAAGAGCGAGCCAGCCUCGGCCGACGACUUCCUGCCCACCCUGAUCUACAUCGUGCUGAAAGCCAACCCUCCACGCCUGCAGUCCAACAUCCAGUACAUCACCCGCUUCUGCAACCCCAGCAGGCUCAUGACUGGAGAGGACGGAUACUACUUCACUAACCUGUGCUGUGCAGUUGCCUUCAUCGAGAAACUGGACGCCCAGUCUCUCAACUUGGACCCAGAGGACUUUGAGCGCUACAUGUCGGGCCAGGCCUCUCCUCGCAGGCCUGAGGCAGACAGCGGCUGGCCCCAGGUGGACCCUCCUACUGGUUCUGCCGCCUCCAGUCCCGCCCUAUCCCAAGUCUACCAGAACCUGGACCUCCUGUCUGGCCUGGGGAGCCGACAAGACAGGGUUCUGGAGGGGGUGCAGAGCCUGCAGAGAGACCUGAUCACCUGGCAGGAGAGUGUGGAGCGAGAGGUGCAGGAGAUCCUGGAGAAGUACCCGCUGGAGAUCCGCCUGCCCACCCCCUCCGCCAUUGACUCAGACAACGUGGAAAACGACCGGCUGCCACCACCACUGACACCCCAGGUGUUUGCUGGGUAAUGUCUCUGCAGAAUCGUAGGCAACAAAGGGCUUCUUGAACAAAUGACUGCGCCUCUCUAAUGUCUUGAGACGUCAUUGGCUCUUCACUUUGGUGAGGUUCAGGAAGUGGCAGCCCCCUCCUGUCUCCACUGCUACGCUUUUAAACAUUCUCACAUACUGUAAGCUUUGGUCCAUUUUGGCCCCUAGACCCUUUUGGCCCCUAGACCCCCUAGACCCUUUUCUUUUUUCUUACUAUCUCAGCCUGGUUAAAUUAAGCAUUAAUAGAUCAAAAGGAUGGACUAAGUUUGAGAAAAAGGGUUUAGGGACUGAAAUGGAGCCAAGCCAAAACAAUGCUCCUGCAUACACAUAUUCCUUUUAGACCAGACCUCUUCAGAUGGCCUCACACUAUGUAUGGCGGAGUUGGCAUUCGGCCCUAGUCUGUAAUCCUCUACACCCCCGCUGCACAGACCCAGACGGCACAUCUUGAUACUGUAAGCCAGCUUGUAGUGCCGAAAGGGGUAUGUAUUUUUAGAUGGCUGCUGCUGAAUUUGGGAAACGCUGACUUCUGCAUCUUGCAGUAUGCACUCUGCAGAAUUGUAUAAUCUGCUUGCAUGUGCUUUGCUCCUAGCCUUCUUGAGUCUCCAGCAAGGGACCAGGGUGCAGGCUAAUUGUGCGCAAUGGGGGGAAAAGGGAUGUGUUUCAUCCAAAACCAAAGGUCUUAAGCUGGUUCUUAUGUGAUUAUGCCCCAAUGUGUGGUCUCAACUAAUAUUUGUAAUGGUAAUAUAGAGCGCUUAAUCAUCAGAAAAUUAUGAAUUAGGUAGGUAAGGUACUUUUAACUUCUCAUUAAUUUUAUAUCUCAACUAUGUGUCAGGAUAAGAGCCCUUACUGUAAGUAUUAAAGGACCUUUUUCCUGAUGAUGUGAUCUGACCAGGAAAACUCCUGUUACACUCAUGUAGGAUGCCCAUGAGGCAUAGUAAUGCUGAAGCAUGCUUCUUGUUAUACCAUGGAAUCGCAGGACAAUACUUUUUUUUUUUUGAUAGUUGAACCAUGGUGCUGAUGCUGUAAACUACAAUGUGUACUACAAUAGGGAAAUGAUCCUGUAUGUUUCUAAAUGAACAAUGUAUUAAAAGGGAAUUUAUUCUCCCAGGUACAUAAUAUGUAUUGGUUGGGGAUAACAAUAUUAUUUGGGGGCAGUGUAAGAAGUUAGCUUUUUAACACAUUAAUAUUGGAUAAACAAUUACUACCUAUGGUAUUAUGAGAGGCAAAGCACAUAACACUCCUCAAUUAAUUUUAAACUUGAACAAAUACUUUUUAAUUGUUUCCUUGGUGUACUGCUGCUGGGCAAUUCCAAGUCAGCAGAAGCAGAAAAUAUUGUUGUCUCAGGUUGUUCUGGCAAUUCUCACAUAGUAACUUUAUUGACAGGAAGGAUGUUUAGCAAGCUUUUUACAUUUGUAUCACAAAACAUUUUAGGCCCUCUUUAUACCUACGCCGUACAUGCCUUCUGUAAGACCCUAUGAUCUGUGAACAGUACAUUAUACAGACAACAUCUUGGUGCCAUUAUACUCUAUAGUGUGAUCCAUUAUACUCUAUAGUGUGAUCCAUUACUCUUUAUAGUGUGAUCCAUUAUAUGGAGUAAGUCUAGAUUCUGAAAUACAAAUGUUGACAUUAAUUUAUUCAACAUUACAAAUACUAUUAUAAAUAUCUCAAAACUACCCUUUUUGAUUGUGUUCAUUUGAAUACAUAUUGUUUGGAACAGUAUACUCUACAAGUACAUCACAUUUACAAAGUGGGCUCUCUGCUAAUUCUGGAGUAAAAAUACAUUUUGAGCACCACCAACAUAGUGAAUGAGGAAAAAUGGAUUUAAAGGGAACUCCAUCUGUUGGUGAUUACUAAAUGUGCAAGCCUAAAGGAGGGAUGAGAUUGGUUAAUGACCUAUAAUGUCAAUUUCUAUGUAUAAAAUGUAUGAUUUCUUUAACAGUAGCAGAGAGUCACUCUGGAAAUGUGACGUUUGAAGAGUAUAUUGUUGAAAACUGUUUAAAUUAAGAAAUCAGGUUAAGAUAUUCCUUAAUUGAGAUAUUCAUUAAUAUUUUAAUGUUUUAUAAAUUGAUGUGAAAGUGUAUUUCAGAAUCUAGACAUACUGCAUAUAAUGGAUCACACUAUAAAGAGUAUAAUGACACCAAGAUGGUCUGUAUCAUGUACUGUUCACAGAUCAUAGGGUCUUACAGGAGGCAUGUAUAGGUAUAAAAAGGGCCUAAACUGGCCACUUUCAACAUGAUUUUCUCAAAUAUUUUGCAAUACGAAUGUAAAAAGCAUGUCAAACAUCCUUCCUCCCAAUGAAGUUCCUAUGUGAGAAUUGCCAGGAUGAUCUUCCGCUGGGCUAGAAUCGACCUGCUAUAUUUCUAAUUUAUUUUGAUGGUGCAGAAUUAUCUGGCUGUAAAAUAUAUAUAUAUAUAUAUAUAUAUAUAUAUAUAUAUAUAUAUAUAUAUAUAUUAAGGUAAUGGUACUACUUAAGCUAAAUGUGAGAACGUAUCAAUAAGCGUGCUAAAAUAUGUGGCCCUUUAAUUUUAUUAUCGCAUUCAAACGGUUGGAAAAUAUUUAAGAGGAUGCCAGUCUAGUGAAACAAAGGAUUAAUAGAGGACUUUCAGUUAAUACGCUUCUUUUCCAUUUUGCAACAGAUCUGGGAGCACCAUCCUAAGUUUAUUCUUCAGACAGUGGUACAAUCUGUGAAACCUGAAGUUGACCAAGACGCAGGUUACUGUGUUAUGUACAAAAUGCCAGUGAACUGCUGAUAUAUGGAGGUGGCAUGUUGUAUAUCAUAAUGUAUCGUGAAAUAUGGAUGAUACCUGGGGAAUGUUCAGUGGGGCGAAACACUCAGAACAAUGCAGAAGGGACACUUCUUAACAGUUCGAUCUGAUUACCGCAUGGUGUUUGCUAUCAGCAAUCCAUUGAACGUUUUAAUCACCUGAAUAAGCCCCUGGUUGUAAAGUGUUAAUUAACAUCACUCAUUCCGUUGUUACACAGACAUAACAGGUACUCUACUUUAACACUGUAAUCAACUGUGACUGACUGCUAAGGGGUCUCUUAAGAGAUUUCUAAACAAGUAUGUGUAUAUUUAUGUAAACUUUUAAACUGAAUGGCACAUCACUUUUUAUUAUGGACAUGUAACUUAUAAGAAUAGCCUUGUUUUACAGUGUCUAUUGUCAGUGUAUUAAUUGCCAUUCAAUGAAUAAACCCCUGGAUUUCAAAUCCA